AUGAAUGUUUCUUUCUGUUCGGCGCAGCUCAUCCAAGAGCUUCAGAAGAUACAUGAUAUACCAGACGAAUUGGUUUCUCUUCUGCAGCAUGGAUCCAACUCUGAGUACCUCGACAGUCUCGCGCAACUUGCGCUUGACCCUAGGUGUACAGAGCUCAUAUAUGCUACACAUCAAGCAGUCUUUGUCGAGAUCUCAAGUAGAUGGAUGCAGCUUCCGCAAGCGAAGAGGCUUGCUGCUCUCUCCGCUUACGCCCGCAUACUGCCCUUAGCACCGCACCUUGCAGGACACAUUUCUCUAGUAUUCGAAUCUGGUAGCCAAGGGUAUUUAGAGGCUUGGGUAUCUUCUGAUCCCACAUCUCUUACAAGAAUCCCAAGUGACGACCUUGAGACAAUAUUAUUGUUGAUAUACCGAUUGCUAGCUUGUGGUAAUGAGAGAUUUGCUUCGUACAUUAAUCCAACGAAGUUGGUUGGUCUAUCGAAUCAUACUAGCCGCAGUGUCAUAUACCUGAGCGCUAGAUUGUUGUGUCUGUACAUGCAUGCAUCAGAUGCUGUGCUCGAGAAUCUGAUCAAGAAAAAUGUUGGCGAAGGCGAAGUCACUGGUUUGUGGGAUGGUAAAGUAAUUGACUUCAGAUUUUUUACUUUGUGGGAACGUUCGCGUCUUGAUGACUUGCGAUAUUUGGCUUUGAGGUUUCGACAGCAAACAGACAUCAAUUUGCUCGAAUCGCCCAUUCGUUCGCCCCAUACUAGAAUCUUAGACAAUGAUGAUAUUUCGGAUACAACUGCCAUCGUUGGUAACGUACUGAUACCUCUUGCAAGCUCGCAAAAAUCCUUGGAGAUUUCUCUUGUACCUACUUCAACAACUAAACAGAACAUCCAGCAGAUUGCAACGGCCGUUGUUAGCGAGAAGCCCAUCCUCGUAACCGGUCCACCCGGUUCUGGUAAAUCUAGGCUUAUUAGGGAAAUUGCUCGUUUGACCCAUCAAGAGUCUGGUUUGAUAUCGCUACACCUCAACGAGCAGACUGAUGCAAAGAUAUUAUUAGGCAUGUACACCAAAGAUAGAUCAUCAGGCUCCUUCAAAUGGCAUCCUGGCGUGAUCACUCAGGCUGUUACCCAAGGACGAUGGCUUCUCAUAGAGGACCUGGACCGGGCACCAUCGGAGCUCAUUAGUAUUUUGCUACCACUGAUUGAGAGAAUGGAGUUGACUAUCCCCACUCAAGACACUCCUGUCCCCUGUUCACCCAACUUUAGACUUAUUGCUACAAUGCAAACCUCUUCAGACUUGCAACGACACUUGAGGCAUCGCAGAUCAAUUUUGAUUGAGAGGCAGGAAUGGCAUCGCGCGAAUCUACAGGCUUUCACUCAAGAGGAUCUAAGUCAAAUAAUAAACUCUUUGUUUCCUGCGGUUCAAAUCCACGUUCCACAGCUUCUGAGUAUCUAUGCGGCUUUGGUAUACCAGAAUGGAUUUGCCAACUCGAAUAUCAAAUCAUUUUCGCCGCGUCAGCUCUUACGCUGUGCUCGAAGGAUCGACACCGUGCUAGGCGAGGCACGCGUGACUUCAGAUGUCCAGCCGGUUCCAGAGGCCCUGCAAGACGACAUUCUCCUCGAAAUCGUAGAUUCUUUUCUUGGUAGCUUACAACAAGGUUCACUCAAAACAGAUCUCAUGCAUAUGACUGCCGGGGAACUCCAUAUUCCGGCUCAGCGGGCGGAAAAUGUUUUGCAGACGCGGAGACCGAUUUUCGAGCAACGGAGUUCUUCUCUACGAAUCGGGCGAGCCAAAUGCCAAAUAGCCAAGGAGUCUCUAGGUACAAGAAAAAAGCAUGUUGGUAUGCACGAGAGGUUCGCCAGGACCGAUCACGCACUGCGGACAUUAGAAAGUUUAGCAUCAACGGUGCAGCAAGUAGAGCCGUGUUUGCUGGUAGGUGAAACAGGAGUAGGCAAAACAUUAAUGGUUCAGAAUCUUGCAUCUAUGUUAGGUCACAAACUCGUUAUCGCAAAUUUAUCGCAGCAGAGUGAGGCUAGUGAUUUACUAGGUGGAUACAAACCAAUAAACCCUAGGUCACUUGCAAUUCCCAUGAAAGAUGAGUUCGGAGACCUUUUACAGAUUACUUUCCCUUCACGCCAGAACGCACCAUUUUUAGAAACCCUCGGAAAGGCCAUCUCACGAGAGCGCUGGAAAAGAGUCCUGCGUUUAUGGAAAGAAGCAAUCCAGACUGUUGAAUCCAUUCUCAAACCAACCAAGACGGCUACCGGAGUUCCUUUGAGUGGUCCAAAUUCAAAAAGGAGGAAAAUAGAGCCACGAAAUGAUGAGCUCAGGAGAAGAUGGAUUAAGUUCACAGACGAGGUGCAAGCCUUCCAAGCUUUACUUGCUGGCAAGUCUGGAGGCUUUGCCUUUUCUUUUGUUGAAGGUAAAAUCGUCCAAGCUGCGCGUAAUGGCGAUUGGGUGUUACUGGACGAGAUCAACUUGGCCUCACCAGAUACUUUAGAGAGCCUCUCAGAUCUUUUCACAGACCAUCAGGACGGUGGACCUUCACUACUUCUUCUAGAAAAAGGUGACGUUGAACGAAUCAGACCCCACCACAAUUUUCGAAUUUUCGCUUCAAUGAACCCUGCUACGGACACUGGCAAGCGCGAUCUACCCCCAGCAUACGUUCAAACGGUUGCUCAAGUCUACUUGAGCAGUCAAAAGCAAGCGAAUUUGCGCGACGCUGACGACGUCGGUCGGCUAUACAUUGAUAUCAAGCAACUGGCAAAUGAUAACGAUCUAGUCGAUGGCGCAAACCAGAAACCUCACUUCAGCCUACGUACUUUUACUCGGGCGCUGACAUACGCCUCUGACAUUGCCUCUAUGUUUGGUCUCCGCAGAGCCUUAUUUGAAGGGUUUUCUAUGUGCUUUUUGACGGCCCUUGACACUAUUUCAGCUUCCUUAGUACAGCCGUUGAUCGAACGUCGUAUGUUUCCUGUCGACCGGAUAAGAAAGGCAACUUUACAUCAGAUUUCACGUGCUCCCGAGGACGGCAAAAGCUACGUUCGCUUUGAUCACUAUUGGAUACUACAAGGACCGUUGCGUACACGGAGUCAGCCACAUUACAUAUUGACGCCAUUCAUAAAACAGAAUCUGCUGAAUUUGGUCAGAGCCGCUUCGACGCGUCGGUUUCCAGUACUACUCCAAGGUCCAACUUCAUCUGGAAAGACGAGCAUGGUGGAUUACCUGGCCAAAAUCUCUGGAAAUCAAUGUGUACGAAUCAACAAUCAUGAGCACACGGAUCUCCAAGAAUAUCUAGGCUCUUACGUAUCAGAUUCCGCAGGUGGGCUAGUAUACCAAGACGGCGCCCUUGUUACGGCUCUCAAAGAGGGUCACUGGGUAAUUCUUGACGAGCUUAAUCUUGCACCAACUGAUGUCCUUGAAGCUUUGAACCGACUACUCGAUGACAAUAGAGAGCUAUUGAUUCCAGAGACUCAGCAAACGAUACGCCCUCACGAAAACUUCAUGCUCUUUGCCACACAGAAUCCACCUGGAGUCUAUGGUGGCCGGAAGGUUCUUUCGCGAGCUUUCCGUAAUAGAUUUCUCGAAAUUCACUUUGAUGAUAUACCUCAGGAGGAACUUGAGAUAAUUCUGCGUGAGAGGUGCCAGAUUGCACCAUCAUUUUGUGCCCAGAUUGUCGCUAUUUACAGGAAGUUAUCGAUACUCCGCCAAAGCGAGCGUCUUUUUGAGCAACGCCAUAGCUUUGCUACUUUGAGAGAUUUGUUCCGGUGGGCUCUGCGCCCAGCGGAUGAUCGCGAGCAACUUGCAAUCAAUGGCUUCAUACUUCUAGGUGAGCGUGUCCGCAAAGAGUCAGAGCGUAUGACGGUAAAGGAGACAAUCGAAAACGUUUUGAAGGUCAAGCUUGAGCCUGAUAGAAUAUACAGCCCUGCUGCCAUGCAUACCGCCAUUGGGACAUCCUUGAAGAAUUCCUGUGGAAUAAUAUGGACAAAAUCAAUGCGCCGCCUUGCGAUACUUGUGGCUAGAGCCCUAGACAACCAUGAACCUGUCCUGUUGGUCGGUGGAACCGGCACUGGAAAAACCUCAAUAUGCCAGGUGCUGGCCGAAAUGAUGGAGACGACCCUUAAUACCGUCAAUGCACACCAAAAUUUGGAGACAGGAGACCUCAUUGGAGCUCAUCGCCCUCCGCGAAAUAGAGAAUUAGUAGAAGAUGAAUUAGUCGACCUACUCAUAGACGCACUAGAAUCUCAACAGGCCUUUGAGCAACGAUAUGCUAGAAACAUUGAAUCAUUGACUUUAGCAUAUGAUAAUCUUCUUGGAGACCCAUCCGCGCAUAUUUCCGAGGAUUUAAAAGCUCGGAUUGAUGAUUGCUCAGCAAGAGCCAAAGCCUUGUUUGAGUGGUCAGAUGGUAGCUUGGUGGCUGCGAUGAAAGACGGAAGUCACUUUCUACUCGACGAAAUAUCCUUAGCGGAUGACUCGGUUUUAGAGCGCCUAAACAGCCUACUAGAACCGAGUCGUACGCUGUACAUUGCAGAAAGGGGUACUACUGAUGCAAAUGUUAUUGCCAACGAUAAAUUUCAAUUCCUUGCUACAAUGAAUCCUGGAGGCGACUAUGGAAAAAGGGAGCUGUCAGGUGCAUUAAGAAAUCGCUUUACUGAAAUAUGGGUGCCCAACUUGAGUCAUAAGGAGGAGAUUGUUGAGAUCGUGGAGGCGAAGCUUAGCUCGGCACACAAAUACCUCGCAGAACCCAUGGUUAAUUUCGCUGAAUGGUACUCUACGUCGUAUGAAUCGUUUAUUAACAUGUCGAUACGAGACUUGUUAUCUUGGGUGACGUUCAUUAACCUCUAUGACCGUAGUCAUGCUGCGUUUGCGGUUUUUCACGGAUGCUGCAUGGUCUUCCUCGACAAGUUGGGCACGAGCCUUACAGCAAAUCUUUCUGAAAUCAAAUCUGGAAUUGGGCUUCAGCACCAGGCGUGUGUAACUAAGUUGCAGGAGCUAUUCACAAUAGACAAAUCGUUGACGGAAGAUUCAGUGCCGGUACUCAUGGAUGGUGCGAAUACACUCUCCAUAGGUGGGUUUGAAGUUCUAAAAUUAUGUCCCGACGUGCGCCCAACACCUUACAAUCUGGAAGCACCGACAACUGUCCGGAACGCUAUGAAAAUCCUGCGCGCGCUGCAAGUGAACAGACCAAUUCUGCUCGAAGGUGACCCCGGUGUAGGUAAAACGACAUUAGUGGCUGCUUUGGCACAGAAGAUCGGGGUACCUUUGACGCGUAUUAAUCUUUCUGAUCAGACGGAUCUUGUUGACCUGUUCGGCUCAGACAUUCCUAUUGAAAGCGGAGACGUAGGCAGCUUUGGUUGGCGACCUGCACCGUUUCUACGCGCAAUGCAAAAAGGAGAAUGGAUACUGUUAGAUGAGAUGAAUCUUGCUUCGCAAUCAGUGCUAGAAGGAUUGAAUGCUUGUUUCGAUCAUCGUGGUGAGGUCUUUGUACCGGAACUAGGGAAGACUUUCCCAAAGCAUCCUAACGUGGUGGUAUUUGCCGCCCAAAACCCUUACCACCAAGGUUCAGGAAGAAAAGGAUUGCCCACUUCCUUCAUCAAUCGCUUCACCGUCGUCUAUGCUGGCGUUUUCGACGAGAUUGACUAUCGAGCAAUUUGUUCUGCUUUAUAUCCGGAUAUCGAACCAAACACGAUCAAGAGCGUUGUGCGAAGCGUAAGUAAUGUUGCGACAUAUCUAACGGAUGACAACAAUUUUCAUCCUCAGGGCGGACCAUGGGAAGUUAACCUGCGCGAUGCUCUUCGGUGGCUGGAUAUUCUUGCCAAGAGAGAGACAUCAAUCUCGCCAGAUCAUGCUUUCGACUACGGAGACGUGCUGUUCAGCCAUCAAUUUAGGAAGGCAAAGGACCAGCAACGCAUCAGGGGAGUCAUUCAGCAAUCGCUUGAAGUCCCCACUCCAAUUCAUAAUUAUUUCCUUGGGCGGAGCGAACACCAUAUAGAAGCCGGUAGAGCUGUGCUUAAACGUGACGCACUUCUAGGCUCCCAACAAUUAAAAUCACCGAGCUUCAAGGAAGCCAGCUUGCCGAUUAUCGAAUCGUUGAUGCUCUGUGUUGAGAAGCAUUGGCCGACACUCCUCGUUGGACCAUCCAAUUCCAAUACAAAAGCGUCCGUGCUCGCCUUAGCAAACCUCGUGGGAGCUGAGGUGACACAGAUCUGUGCAAAUCCUGAGAUGGAUGCUCAGGAUUUUCUGGGAACUUACGAGCAAGCUGACAACCAGAAUAAGCUCAAUAGCUUCUACAAGCGUCUCGAGCUUUGUACUAGCCAGACUGUACUUCGACAGAUGGCUUCUGAUCAAACGAUUGAUCAGAAUUUGUUUGAAGUCAGGAUUGGUCGUCGACAAAAGCCAAUGACGGAGAAUUUCCAGGCCAUCCUCCAAGCAUUAGCGUCCACGUACCCAAAUUCCGAAUUUCCAUUGAUACUGAAUGAAUGGACUGACAUAGCACAUUGGGUUUUUGGUCAUCAUGAUCAGCCUGGAUUUCGAUGGGCUGAUAGCCCUUUUGUAAAAGCUGUGAAGCAAGGCCACUGGGUUAUAUUAGACCAUGCAAAUCUGUGCGACUCUUCUGUUUUGGACAGACUGAAUUCUCUGCUUGAGCCUGAAGGAUGUCUGAGCAUUCAUGAGCAUCGAAACGCUGACGGCAGUCCUGAAAUUGUGCGUCCACAUACAUCUUUCAGAAUGUUCAUGACAAUGGAUCCUGAGCAUGGUGAACUCUCUCGGGCUAUGAGAAAUCGAUCCGUAGAGCUGUUUAUGUCAGCAAACGCAAUGCCAGAAUCUACGUCCGUAGAUCAAGUGAUUGAAGCAAGAAUGUCACGCUUCUCGAUCUUACACCAAAUCGAUUGGCGUUCGAUUGAUCCUCCGCAAUUAUUGCUUGUAAUUUCAAUCUUUCUAGAUCAUUUGACUCAUCAUGACCUGAUGAAUCUGAGGUACUGGCAACAUCAGGUCACUAGAGGACUUGGCGACCUACCAGAAAUACCACUAAGAGAUUUCAACACUGCUGUCAAUGCAUUGCUUCGGCUUAGUGACUGUCACGGAUGUGUUUUGCAGGCAACUCAGGAAACCUAUGAAGCCAUUUCACAGAAAGGGGCUAUGCCCUUGGGUGUAGCUGGCCUACAGUCAAUUCAUCCGCACAACAAUGCUGCCCUGCUCGCUUUGACCUCCCGCGCUGCUUGGCAUCAAAAUCUCAAGCUUCUUGGCGAAGCUUUCGAAACAAUGCUUCAUCUGAGUUCUAUCGACUGCAGACUUGCUGUCAUUACGGAGAGCGCUGGAACAGAGACAGAUUGUAAACGAAUAAUGCCAGGAAGACCAAGCAUGGUUUCCAAGGGCCUGAAAACAUGGGACAACCUGGCUGACUGCACUACGCAACUUCUUCUCCGCAUGACCUCCGUCUUCAAAAGAUACUUGAACGAGAGGCUUUUCGGUGACCGCUGGAAAGAAUCACAAUUUUUGCCAACAAGCACAGGGCAAUUUGAAGCAGGAGAUGUCCGGAACUUACUUACACUCAUAGCCAAUUUCGUAGUUUACCUUGAUGACGUACUUAAUCUAAUACAAUCCGACCUUGAGGAAGAAGAUACCCUACAAGCAUAUUUAGAUAUUGGCAUCGCCUUAGCUGUUCGUCAUCAUUCGACAAAUCGGUUGAGUACUCUUACUGAGCAGCUAGCUGGCGAUACUCUGGAUAUCUUGAAAUCAAACUCAUCGAAGCUGCAGCGACUAAGUGGACUCGCUAUGGAGCCAUUAUGGCGGGCGUUCAGGCCAAGAACUUGUAAUGACGUCGCUCAGUAUGAGCUAAAAGUCCAAUUGGAGGCGUUGGCUGAUCGCUUCGACGAGGUGAAGUGGAGCUCAGGUGCUUCUGUGGAAGAGCUCAUGUCGUUAUUGCGGUCCUUGACUGCUAUAUGUGACAAUUGCUACUCUCUUGCAGCUUCACGUGUCGAGUUCGAUGCUGUCUGUGUAGCGCUAAAAACGCUUGAACGUUGGUCUCAUGCAUAUUCGUGCAAAAUGGAACCGUAUUUUUCUCUGCAAUUUGAUGCCUUACGUCAAUAUCAAUCCUGCUAUUCCUGCAACGACUCAGUGGAGCAGCAGCGCGACGUGGCUAUGCUAUGUGGAAUGCAGUCAAAAUUCUGGCUAGGUUUAAACACGUCCUCGUCGGCAUUCAGAAAGUUGAAAACUCUGAAUAUGGCUCUUCAGGGAUGUCAACCAGAUAAUAAGUUAGCUUGUGUAUUACAAGUACCGCCGCUUUCGGUUCUUUCACGGCUUGAAACCGUCUUUGAAGUGCCCAUCAGCUCCGUGGAUCUGCUCGGCCAAGAAUUGGGGAGACUCGGGAUUGCCAUCGCAGCCAGCACAGAUACCUUUGGCACCAAUGAGUUGAAAGGGGUUGAUACCACAUUCUUCCACGUGCGCGAGGCCGUGUAUGACAUUUUAGACGGUGAAUAUAGCACUGAUGAGAAGCAACGUUUUGUAAAAUCUCUUCAACAACUCCCAUCCAAGCUUUAUGGGCAAGAGACCGGUACCAUCAAAACCCAAGGGCAGAAACCAAAUGUCGCAAUUGAUGUCCAAUGGCUCCAAGAGUCAGCAAAGUAUGUCUUCUCGGUGCCAAAUCUAUCUGCUAAGAAUCGCUCGACUACAUCUCCCGCUUCCCUUUUAGAGCUUUCAAAAGACAUGAUCUUGUUCUUCACUGGGUGUCUGUUACUUUUCGUGCCCAACAAACCUUACGAUCCGUAUCGAAAAAGGGUUGUUGAACGCGAACGCUAUCAAAGGCGCGUACAUGAGCUGACAAACAAGCUUACUGCUCUUCAACAUUUUGAGAAGACCACAAGCGGUCAAAUCGAAAGCUAUAGAACACUGGUAGUGCGAGAUUGUAUACAGGCGUUAGGAGACGAACCGAGAGUGGAUCCCAUAUUUCGGCCCGAGCAUUCAGACAUGACUGAACUUCAGGGGGAUUUUGACAGUAUUAUUCGGCUGAUCAUUCGCUAUGCCACCGGUCUGAAGGGCAACGGCUUCGCAUUGCCGGGCAGCUCCGAAUUGAUUUUGGCCUUCGAAUCUGAGAGAAGGGACAUUGAAGUAGUGAUCUCACGAGUCAAAGGGAAACAGAGGGCAUAUGAAGACACCACAAUGCCGUUGGCGGCUUUCCUAGAGGGGCUUGAUAACGGACUUGCGCUAGCACUCGCCGCCAUUUCUCAACAUCCUACAGCUUCUCAUGCUGUCGAACGCAUUUGUUCAAGUACCCCAUUGAUGGGUUGCUCAUCCAUCGAUUCGCUCAAUCGCUCAGAUUUCGACAUGCUGAACAGCGGACAUAUAUCGAUCGAUGCACGAAUUGAGUUUCUCGAAACUUUAGGACUUAGGAAGAACGUAGAGGCUUCUAUCCCGCAAAACGCAGUAGUCCCAUUGCUACAGUCGUUCCAUACGAUGUACGAGCACUGGAAGCGGGGACUAGAUCGGGAGCAAACAGAUUUAGCUGCAAAGUCGUCACUCUAUCGCCAUCGCGGAGGUGAGCCAGACGACGAGCUCUCGGAAAACCAGAUCGUUGAAGACCUUUUCUUUGGCCAUCAUGGAUCCAUCAAUGAUUCAGGCACCCUGUCGAAUCGAAAUCUUGACCCUUCAAGAUUUAGUCAGACAAUAGCUCGAAUUCAGAGGAGCAUCUUCACCCCGCCUAGUGAUGCUGUCGCGCAAGUCCAACUUCACAUGUUGGACAAAUCUCACAAGAUCGCAGGGCUUUGCAAUGACCCACCAGCACAGUCUAAGGUUCCUGCUGCUUCGCUUUGCAUGCUACCAGUGUUGUUUCUCCGCUUAGAUGAGGAGAUGGUGAAAUUGGAAAGCAAAGCUAAGACAGCCAAUUCCUAUGAUUUCUACGCCGAUAGCCAUAUCGCAGAAGUGCGAAGGUUUAAACUACUUGUUCAAAAGGUACAGUCCAGAUUCUUAGAUCUGCAGGCUCAAUGGCCCGAGCAUGCCACCUUAAACGACGUUUUACAAAUCUGCAGAUCUGUACUCGAGCUCAAGCAUGCCGACCCACUUGCAAAGCUGUUGACCAAAGCAGAGGAGCUACAUGGUUCUGUGAACGAAUGGCAAGUCGUUGCAAGUAAAGAAUAUUCUGCAACUUAUCAAUACGACGAGCUCACGCAACUCAUCAUUUCGUGGCGGCGGCUGGAGCUUACGGCUUGGACCAUGCUACUCGACAAAGAGGACAAAAAAUGUCAGCUCGAAGCUGAUUCAUGGUAUUUCAUUGCGUAUGAAACGAUCAUUGCUGCCCCUUUAACCAUGGUAGCAUCUAGUGGCAGCCCGGACACGUAUACCGAAGAAUUGUUGGCUACCUUGGAGAAAUUUCUCAACACUACAACUUUAGGUCAAUUCUCGAAACGCAUUGCGAUGUUGUAUUCUUUCCAAAGGCACGUAACACUUGCAGCGGAAGAAACCGAACCCCUUCGAGUCACAAGUAGUGCCCUCUACAAUUUUCUGGGCUACUUCGACCGCUUCACCGCGAAAAUUACUGCUACAAUUGCAUCAGAACGUCAGAAGCUUGAAAAAGACUUGAAGAAUAUUGUUGUACUUGCAAGUUGGAAAGAUACAAAUGUUGCCGCAAUCAGAGAGAGCUCAAAACGAUCACACCACAAGCUUUUCAAAGUCGUCCGCAAGUACCGAGACCUUUUGGCUCAACCUGUCGACGAGAUACUGAGUCAGAUUUUUCCGGAUUGUCUUGGUAUCAACACUCGACAUCUCACACGUCGAUCCGACAGCAAGCUGCCCUCGGUGGACAGUCGGGCUCUAGAAACUUGUCGACAGAGGUUUGAGGAUUGGGCAACGACAUCAGCUCGCUUUACCGAUCCGCUUGGAACUGCACAAAAUAUGCGACGUAUCAGUCAAAUACCGCCUGCAGCAGUACGCAUAUCCAAUUAUCUUGACAACUUCUGCGACGACUUAGCACAUAGCAUGGUGGCUCUUCAAGAUGCCACGCCUUCAACAUUGACCAAGGAAAACAGCGCUUUGGUAAAGAAUUUAUUGGUGCAAAAACGUAAGCUUUUUUCGGACACAAUGAAGCAGAUCCGAUCCAUGGGAUUUUCGAGUAACCUGGGCGAGGAGACCUUAAAAACGCAAUCAUCUCUUGCAGUUGUAUUCUCGAAGAUGCGGUCUUUUCAAAAUUUAAAUCGAGAUGAACUAUCACAAGUAGAGCACACAACCCAAGAUCUUUUGAAAUACAUGCUUGAGAUCAGAAGGCCAGUAAAUACUCGUUCUGAAGAUAUCACUCAUGCCGAGUUCAACCGAAGCAGAGGGUUUAUGGAAAGCGUUCUGUCUACUUUAGUGAAACAGAGAAAUCUCAUUGUGACUUCAGGAACGGCAAUGCAAAGACUCCAAGGCUUGUGUCAUUUGAUGGAAAAUCUCUGGAGGCCAGACACAUACAGCGUGCAUACCUCCAUAGGAGCUGAUCAGCUCCAGACUUAUCCGAAAGUGACCAGGUGGAUUUCAGCGAUACUAGAAACAGCGGGCACCGUUCUCCAGAAGUAUGAGAAUUUCAAAGGCUCAAGGAGCGUAGUCAUAAAUGAAUCAUUACAACAUUGGGCACUACUUAUGGCAAGGUCAACAGAAGCCCUUGAAUCACUACCGAAGCUUCCAUCUGGCUUGACUACUACCCAGCAUGCAAAUAUCGAAGGCGAAACCAAGGCGAGACUAAUUGAGCUACGUGCUUGUCUUGCCGAAUGUGCUACGGAUCAUCCAGAUAUGGCCUUUCUUGUGAAGCACAUACAACCGUGGUUGGAUUUCACAGUCGAGAUCCAGUCCGAGGAAACUAAUGGCGUUCAUACUGUGAACAUGCUUUGUGCACGAUCCAAUAUUCGCAGUGUCUCGGAUGCAAUACUUGUUGGCGUUCAGAACAUGUCAGCGAAAUUAGAAACCCAAUCUGAAGUUGGUGAUCAACCAAAAUGGCUGUUACGUACCGAAGCUUUGCUAGCAGAAGCCAUUCAGCAAUUGCAAAUCAACAGCAUAAACGAGAGGCUAGCCGCUUGCCUUGCUAGCGUAUCGUGUAUCGAGUCUUCUAGCGAGGAUGAAUUUGAAACGUUAGGAGCAGUCUACGCCGUUGCAUUACCAAUAGUGCAGCAAUUUUGUAAUAUAUAUCAGUCGGUGCUUGAUGAAUAUGUCAGUUCACAUGCAUCUUUAAACAGACUUGCCGUUGUCAUGGCAAGAAGCCUAGCAAGUAUAUGCAAGAACGGAUUCUGUAGCCCUGUUGAGCCAUCCACUGGGGACAGCGCUGCAGAGAAAAUUGAGAGUGGAACUGGUCUAGGCGAAGGUCAAGGUACUGAAGAUAUCAGUGGGGACAUCCAAGAUGAUGAAGACCUAUCGGAUCUAGCGCAACAACAUCAAGAAGAGCAAAAUGGCCAUCGCUCAGAGCAGAAUGCCAGUGCCGUAGAUAUGAAUCAUGACGAUUUGGAAGGCGAAACAGAUGCUGUCUCGGAUGAGGAGACAGGAAGCGAGAUCGAAGAUGGAAGUGAGACAGAUGAAGGGGAGCUAGAUGAACAACGUGGUGAAGUUGACGAACUUGACCCUUCCGCAGUAGACGAGAAAUUAUGGGAUGGUAAUCAAAAGCAAGCCGCUCGAGAGAACUCAGCCCAAAACGCACCUUCUCAAUCCACUAAGGAAGAACAAGUUGCUCUCGACGUGGCACAGCAAUCUCAAGGCACUGCCCAAGAAGAUACUCUCGAGUCUGAAAGUCCUGAUGUGGAAGGUGCCGAGGAUUCAGACCCUGUCGAGCAUGAGGAGGUCUCGAAAAUGGAUGCGCACACGCAACAUGGGGAGGCCUUGGAAAUGCCAGAGGAGAUGGACAUCGACACAUUGGACGGAGUGGAUCAGGAAUCAGUGACAGAUGAAGAGGAUCUUGACGAGAUGUCCUCAAACUCCGACGGACAUCUCAACGAUGCUCAAGAUGGAGAGAUGGAUCGUGAAGAGUCUGAUGAUCGAGAGUCCGAUUCUGCUUUGCAUGAAGAGAUUCAAAAGACUGUUGGGGAUGACGCACAACCCAGAAAUGAUAUGAAUGCGCCAUCCACUGAUGACACCAACGAGAUGGCAGACUCCCACUCGAAGGUGUUGCCAGCAUCUCCUACUUCUGGGCUCGGGGCGAACGCAGAUGACAUGACUUCAACUAAUGCGUACGAGGUGAAGCGCAAUGACUCUGUUGCAUCAACAACCCAGAUCGAACAACAGAAGCCUGCGGCAGCGAAGCCCGAACAGACUGCCGAUACCAAGCGUCAAAGUGAUCCGCCGGGCGACACAAGUGAAGCGUUACCAAGAUCACAAGUGCAGCAGUCCGAACAGUCACAAUUGAAUGAAGCUUCUUACAUAGAUGAUGCGAGGAGUGAUGCGUUGAAGCAGCUAGGCAAUGCCUUAGAAGAGUGGCAUCGAGUUCAGUCCAGAAUUCUAGAGGCACCGCAGGGCGACGAGGAGACUGCCCCAGCAAACGAUCUGGAUAUAGCAGCUCAAGAGCUCCAGCAUUUACCUAGUAACGAUGCGCCAGCGGACGGGCAGGCUCUAGGAACAGCAAGUGAAGACCAGGUCCGUGCCCUAGAUGAGCAAGCACUAGCCUCCGAAGUGCCGAUGGAAAAUCACGAUGUCUUGCCUAAUCAAGCAUUCAGCGAGGAUCAUGCAACCGAAGGGCAAGAGAUUGACAGGGCUCUCCAAGAUGCAGAUCCCACAAACAACGCAUCUUUGAAUACUAGACCUGCUGAAAUCGUCUCAAAGGAUAGCCGUCGAUUGGAUACGGAUUUCGCGGCCUCCCUAGGUCGUGAAGAUAUCGAGAGCCUUGAUAAAGAAUUUUCCACAACCCACAUCGAAGCCAAGGAUACAGUGGUUGAGUUCCUAGCUUCGGCAAGGCACUUGUGGACACGACAUGAAAAUGAGACGCAUGAACUCUCCUUCCAAUUGACAGAACAACUUCGAGUGAUCUUGGAGCCUACGAAAGCUACAAAAAUGCGGGGCGACUUUCGCACUGGAAAGCGGCUUAACAUGAAAAGAAUAAUACCCUACAUCGCUUCGGGGUACAAAAGAGACAAAAUCUGGAUGCGACGAUCAAUUCCGUCCAAACGAAACUAUCAGAUAAUGCUUGCCGUAGAUGAUAGCAAGUCUAUGGGUGAGACAGACGUCAUUGAGCUCACAUUUCAAUCUCUAGCUCUGGUCUCAAAAAGUCUGAAUAUGCUCGAGGCCGGCCAAGUGUGUGUCGUACGAUUUGGUAGUGACGUCUCCGUCAUUCACGACUUUGACAAGCCUCUCACAUCCGAGGCUGGGGCUCAGAUAUUCAGCAAUUUCAGCUUUCAACAGACCAGCACGAAUGUCCGCAACUUGAUCAGCAAGUCUAUCAAUAUCUUUCAGGAAGCUCGUCGACGAAGCUUUGAUAGCGACCCAGAUCUGUGGCAAUUGGAGCUCAUCGUGAGUGAUGGGUUGUGUGAAGAUCACGAGGAUAUUCGACGCCUUUGCCGCGAGGCUCGUGAAGAAAGGAUAAUGAUAUUGUUUGUGAUCGUGGAUGCACUUCAUGUUGGCAAGUCAAUUGUUGAGAUGACUCAAGCCCUUUUCGAGCCCGACGCCUCUGGAGAGACUCAUCUGAGGAUGAAGCGAUAUCUUGAUGAUUUCCCCUUUCCAUACUAUCUCAUCGUGAACAACUUGAAGGAGCUACCAGGUGCUCUAUCUCAAGCAUUGAGACUAUGGUUCACAGAGGUGGUCGGUGCUACUUAA